CACGUGACCUUUAAUACAGUAAUACAAUCUAUACAGUAAUACGACCCGUAGCCCCGGACCACUAUUAUUUUAACGAGGUUUUACUGAACUAACAAGUUACUGCUGUGGAUCAAACGGAGUGCACAUGCACCCCGACAAAUUAUCCUAUUGGAACAUCUGGGGGUAUUCGGGUGAUAAUUACGGCAUGUUGUGCGAUCUAUCGUAUGCGUAUUCUUGUGGGCUCCAGUUCAUGAAUUUCAGCGUUUUCACAGAUAGACAUGGCGUUGAGGAAGCUGGCUUUAUCUAGACGACUUGCCACGUGAUCACCUCCUAUAAAUAUC